CGACCAUUUAGUAUUGUUCUACUAUUAUACGUUUUUUAAUUUGUAUUUAUAUACGUAGUGGACAAAAAUAUGUCAGUGGGUGAAAAAAUGAUAAUAUAAAGAAUAAUACAAGAUUUUUAUUCAUUAGAUAUAUAAACUUAACAUCAUAAAUAUCCUAAAUAUACAUGAGCAUUCCAUUCAACUACAUAUCGUGUUGAGCCAAUCAAAACUAACAUGCGCAGGAUAAACGAAAACUCGUUAUCCAAAAAAAUUACAAUAAUAACUGCAUAAAAUGAGAAACUAACGACUUGAUUUAUUCGAGAGGAAGAGACUAUUUCUGUACGGAAAAAGAUUGAUUGCACCGAAAUUCACUUGUGGAAAGGUUUCAAAUCGGACGGAAGUACAAUCGAUACUUUGGAAUUCGAUAGUGGCAAAAGUAUGGCCGAAAGCGGAUUUUCAUUUCUGCUAAAGACAAAACAGCAAACAACACAGUGAGACUAUUAUUAUGACUGAGUUAAAAGUACUUUAUUGCCUUUUCUUGUUAACAUUUUUCGAGCUGACGUCACAAAUUCGACCGUCCUUACACGGGCACAAUAACGCCUUUGUACAGGAUGACAAUGAUGUUCAAUACCUUUUGGACAAUAUACCAAUGUCUAUGCAUAAGGAUUUUGCUAAUACAGUACAUGGGGCUGGGGACACAACAUCUGAAGAAGAUAAAACACAAGAUUCAUUAUCUUAUGUUCAUUUCAAACCACAUGUUUUGGAUUUCAAGGAAAGACAACUUGGUAUACCCCACCAAGAAACUGUGAUCUUAUUUAAUAAAGAUCAUAACAAAACAAUCCAUCUUUUAUCUAUUUCUGGAAAUACACGUCAUUUUCAUGCAUCAUUUUUUCGAAACAAAGUGAUUCCACCAUUGGGAAACACAACAUUUGACGUUAUUUUUCUUGGUCGUGAAGAGGGAGAUAUUGAUACACAUCUUUUUAUACAUACCGUGGAUGGAACUGUGAAAUAUCAAGUAAAAGGAAUAAGUGUCAGUAGUCCAUACCGACUCAGACCUGUAGUGGGUGUUAAAUUACCUUUAAAUGCAACAUUUACUCCACUUAUAUACAUGCACAAUCCACAUGCAGAAGCUUUACAAGUUUUAGAAGUAUAUAGUAGCGGUGGAGAGUUUCAAUUGGAAUUACCAUCAGGAGAGGCUGAAGGUUCACGUGAAUUAUGGGAAAUCCCACCAUAUCAAACCAAGCCUAUUAUAAGAUUACAUUUUAACGCUUACACAGAAAAAAAUCACACUGCAUACAUUAGACUUAAAGUAAAUAAUACAUCAGAGAUACUUGUUGUAACAGUUGAAGUCGAAGUCAAAAAUGGGGCUGGUCUUCAUUGGGGUGGAAACUCUGGAGUAAUUAAUUUUGGAAUGGGUGGAUCGUUACAACCUCCCAUUCAGUAUCCUAUUGCUUUAAAAAACUCGGCGAAAAAACCAAUUAAAAUUAUGAAUAUAAUUAGUACUCCAGUUUCUAAAGCAUUGAAACUUCAUUUUGAACAAGCGGUAAUUCCUGGAGACACGGAUAUACCCAUUGCUAUUGGAGCAUUAAUUUAUGACUGGAAGACAGGUUUAGAAUUACAACAUUUUAAAGGGAAAUUGGUAAUAAAAGCGAUAGGUCCCGGUGGCUCUAGUCAAAAGCUAAUAAUCCCAUGGAUAGCACAAGUUCUACAGGGUGGAUUAGAAGUAAACGCAUCAAUUACACAUUAUUGUUCUCUCCAAUCUAAUCAAGCACGAAAUUUUAGUGUUGUUAAUAAAUUUAAAUUGCCGUUAGCUAUCACAAAUGUCACAAUGUCAUCGCAUGUAAAGUCACUUUUUACGAUAAAAAAUUUUAUUCCGAGAGUAAUAAAGCCAGAACAAAAGGUCAAUAUAUUUUCUUUACAACUCGCAAAAGAUAGAAAAACUGAUAACGUGAAAAUGGAAUCGUCAAUUAUAAUACAUUCGAACGUUUCUGUAACUGAAGUUCCAUUACUGAGCUACGAUGGAAAAGUAAGAAAAAUUGUCCCUGAAGAAAGAGACAGCGACGAGGGCACGAUGAAUUUUGGUACUGUAGGAAGCGGAACUGAAAAUGAAGCAAUCUUUGCAUUAGAAAACCAAAAUCCAAUUAACAUAGAUUUGCAUGGAUGGGGAGUUAACAUGCCUGGUGCAGUGCUGGAACUUAUGGGUUGCCAAAGAGGUCCAGCAGAUUUUUUAGAUAAAGAGUUACGUAAUAUAACUGUAUGCAGUCAUACAGGCAAUCAAUACAUAAAACCUGGCUACUUGGCCAUUUUUAAAAUUAAAGUAAAAACUCCAGUGGUCGAGGAGGCUACCAUUGUCGGUGAUGUAUUUGUUAGAACAACUUACGACAGAUUUACGUUACCAGUUUAUAUGCGAGUUGCGCAUGGAAGAAUAUCUGUAAAGAAACUUAUUUUUACUGAUUGUUUUCCCGGGUCAAUUUGUGUACAACAAGUAAAAGUAUAUUCAACAUUUGUAAGACCCAUGCAGGUAACGCAAAUUGCGCCUGUAAAUAAAGAUAAUAGAAUAAAAUAUAUUCCUUUGGAAGAAGCAUCAAUGCCUAUUAUAACGAAAGGUGAAAAUUAUAUUGGGUCAGUAAGAAUUGAGCCAUCAAUGGCUUGUAAGCAUUAUUGUUAUUUAGGUCUGUCAUUAGAUAGUAAUGCUGGCAAGCAGUGGUUGAAUACUUUAGCUCUUCCUUCGCAUACUAGAGAUUCUGAUUUAAAUUUAUUAAACACAAGAUACACACGUUUUCUCAAUUCAACAGGCGGUCGUUCUUGGGACAAUAUUACGAUGCGUCUAGAUACAACGGAAGUUCGCGGGCACAAAUUUUAUUUAAAUAUAAAACCACAUUGGCCCAGUUUAUUGACUGGUUUUGGUAAUAAUAAAAAUAAAGUUGCUCUAAUGUUUCCUUUAACGCAAGUUGGAAAUACAUCCUAUAGUACGAUUAAAGUGUACAAUCCAAGUACCAGUCCUUUAAUAAUACAGUUAGUAAUGGACUGGAAUUAUCCACAAGGGGCAAGACUUUAUCAUUCAUUACCAGCCAAGUUCAAAUUCACAUGUGUGGAAUGUGGAUCAACAGUUGCAGAAGAAUUUAAAUUAGAAGAAAGUAGUAUAGAUCGAGAAAAGUUUGAAAAGGAAUGGGAUGUUACAGUAACCCCACAAUCGAUUCCCUUAUAUUUAAAACCUUUGGAAUCGAAAACAAUUCGAGUGUCAUACACACCUUUCUCACCUUCUUUAUCAUCUGCACUUUUGUAUAUAAGAAACAAUAUGACUAUUUUGGAAGUACUACGCGUGAUAGGCCAAGGAACAAAUGCACAAUUUAGGUUUGGAAAUCGCAAACCAGGUUCAACUACACCAUUAUUAUUUGAACUUGCGGAUAAACAUCUCAAAGAUUGUGAACGAGAACAACUUAAGCGAAAUCCAGUUCCAAAUCUAACAGUGAAAAGAUCUUUCAUGGCAAGAAAUACGGGAGAGUUACCCAUAGAAGUGUACGAUUUUUAUAUUAAUGGUUUACGGUGUGAAGGAUACGGUUUUAAAGUAUUAAAUUGUAUGUCAUUUAAACUGAAUCCAAAUGCGACGAAGAAAGUUGAAAUAGCAUUCACACCAGACUUUACUUUGUCACGAGUCGAAAGAAAACUUUUAAUAUCAACGAGUUUAGGUUCCGAUAGCGAUAUCGAAAACGGUAUGGUAAUACUUAAUUUACUUGCGACGCUUCCUCCACAUUCUUUGGAAGCUUGUACGGCUGCACUUACAAGGCCAUCGUGGGAAUAUGCUGUACAUUGGGCAGCCAUAAGUCUUUCAUCUAUACUGUUAUUAUGCGUUCUCGCUAUUUCGUUUCUCGAAGCAGACCGGAUAUUACGAGGAGCCAUUGCUAGCUUUUCAAGAGAAAGUCCGGUCCAACCACCUUUAGAUUUAAGAUUGUUAUCGCACAUGCCUGUACAUUCAACGCAAGAAUCAACUUCCGUGAAGGAAAAAUUAAUAAACGAGGAUAAACAAAAAGUAAUAAAGAAAGAAGAAACUUACCCAGAUUGGGCAUUAAUGAACGUGAAAAAAUUUAAGGAUAAAGACAAUGUACAAAAAGGUCUGAAAAUUCCUGAUUGGUCCGCGGAUGAAGAACGCAGAUUUAAAUUAGACACCGAGACAAAGAAUUUAAUGUCAUUUAAACGAUGCGAAGAGUCGACUUUAGAUAAUAGUAAUAUUAUAAGUAAUAUUACGCUUGGUGCCAAGAAAAAGAAUAAUAAAAAACAAAAUAACGUGCAGGAUAUUCAGCCGGAUAAUUGUGUGACGGAAAACAUAUUUCCGGAUAUUCAGGGAACUCAGGAAAAAAAGUAUACUGUAAAUACAUUCGUGAAAACAAGUCCAGUAACAAAUAGAAAGGGGAAAUCUAAUCAAGCAGGGAAUGUUAAAGAGGAAACAAAAUUGGUUGAUCAUGAAGUCCAAGUUGACACAACGGGACUCUUGAAUAAUACACGGGGUAAUAAAUUAGAUAAUAAAAGAAAACAAAGUACGGUUACGAGUAGCAAUAACAAUCAUGUAUCUUUUAAAAAGUUUGACUCGAAUAGUAGUCAAAGAAAUAAUGUUCAUCUAUCGGAAGAAGAAACGUCGUCUACGACGACAGAAAGUUCUGUUCAAGAUGAUCCACCACCAUGUAAGAAUUUUGAUCAAUCUUGUGGAAAAUCAGAGAAGUUACAAAGGAAACCUGUAACUAAAAAAACUAAGCCUCAAUCAAUUGCUCCGGUGCCAUGCGUAGAUUAUAGAGAUAAUUAUGAGGGCGAUUGCGAUGACGACGAGUACGAUAAGGACAGACAUAAUAAUCCAAACAGAUGGAAAACAAAUACGAGAUCUACCAUAAAGCAUCACAUUCAUACAUCUCGCACCGUUGAAUCGUCAUUUAAAAUACCUAGACAAAAUAAAAAUCCUCCUAGGAAGGAUAAAGGAUCUCAAAAACGUCGAGGCAUUGAAAAAGGACAUAUGAAAACAACAUCAUUAAACGGAAGUACAAACCAAAGGGAAGAUUCGGCACGUACACUAGGAACAGUUUCUACUCCAAUUCCACCGCCACCAGCAUGCUGGGGAGAAAAUAGAGCUAGAUUUAGUGAUGUUGUGGCACGAAAUCAAGAAAGUAUUUCACCAUUCUCAAGCUUAAAUAAAUUACACAAAACUCAAACGAAUACGCAUAAUUUAUCAAUGGUCUUUGCUAACGACACCAAAGAUGUAGAUUAUAUGAAACAGCAUUCGAGUCAAGACUUGAUACAAAAUACCAAGGAGUACAGGGUGAUAUCGAAAUCUCCGCCUCUUUGUAUGCAAUCUAUCGAAAAAGAGAAACCAUUUAGUCAGGACUCUUUAAAGAUACAGAAUAACACACAACACUCAAAUAGUUACUUCAUAAAUGCUUUUACAGAAUCACCGUUUGAACGGGAAUUGGUGCCGUACGAUGAUCUUCCAGAAACAGAUGAACCAUUAAUGGAAUUAGAAAGUCCUGAGGAAGAUACACGAUGUCAGUUAUGGGAAGAUAAUAAUUCCAUGCUCAAGUUAUUAUCUGAUAACACAAGUGGAUUUCAAUUGGAAUCGUCAAAAUCUCCGGAAAAAUCUUCGAUACUAACGGAUACGUUAAAAGACAAUUGGGCAACAGUAGAAACAAAUUGGGAACCUUUAUAUACUAGAACAGCCGUAGGUGAAGAACGAAGUGGUGUUUGGGGUGUAAAUACAGGAGGUGUAUGGGCUGCUGGUCCAUGGGGUGCAGCUACACCUCCUAUUAUUUCUCAGUUGCCCUCAUUACCAACUGAAUCAGAUACACAAGAAAGAUCGGGUUUUGAUCCAUUUCGUUCACUCAGUACAAUAUGGACACCGUCAUCUUCGGAAUCUUGGAAGAAGAAGCACGAAGACUAACCUCGUUCCCAAAAAUUUUCGAUAUUUGUCUUGUGAUAUCUAGACCUGAUUGAAAAUUUUCUUUUCUUAAAUGAAAAGUAAUUAUAUAUUUAUUAGUCACACUUUUGUGAUCAAUAGUGCUUAAAAACAACUAGCUGGUUUUUAUUAUUAUUGAUGUUUCGCGUAUUGUGAUAUGUUGUUAAAUAGUACCUCGCAUUGUAAUAUUGAAUAAGUUCAGACAAAAUUCAUUUGUACUCGUUAAAUAUUCAUGUUAUCAAUUGUUGGCCUAUGUUAUUAUUAAUACUUUAAUAUGUUACUGAAAUUUCUGCUAUUGAAACAAAAUUACAUUUUUCUGUUAAUAAUGUCGAGUCUAGAUGACCAACCAAAGUCGUAUACAUACCUGAAUUUGAAAUAAGAUUUCACAACCAAAAAGCACAGAUUAAUUAAGAAACCAAUAUAAAUGUGUGACCACAACUCCUAUUUUAUAGAUUUCUGUUUCUUGGUUCUGUAUCAUUUUUUUUGUACUUUUUACAUGUACAUGAAAAAUGAUUACAAUACUUAAAGGAUGUUGGUCUUGACGUUACACAAAAAAUAACAAUUAAGUUAUUUGGAACGAGUGAGAACUGUGAUUUUUAUAGUCUUGACUUGUAGAAAUUUCUUCGGUAAGUUUUCAAAACAUUUUACAAAGUUGUGAUGUAUACAAAACAAAAUAAAAAUGUGUACCUACUCUUCAAGACUGGUAA